AUGCCGAUGCAUCCAGUCACCUCCACGCUGAUGUACCGGGGGAUCUGCACCAUCCCGGACAUGCUGUACAGCCAGCCGGUGAACCUGCCCGAAGACGAAGUUGAAGAGAUCCGCGAGGCCUUCAAAGUGUUCGACCGUGAUGGAAACGGAUUCAUCUCAAAGCAGGAGCUGGGGAUGGCCAUGCGCUCCCUCGGCUACAUGCCGAACGAGGUGGAGCUGGAGGUCAUCAUCCAGAGACUGGACAUGGACGGCGAUGGCCAGGUGGACUUUGAGGAGUUUGUCACUCUCCUGGGCCCGAAGCUGACGGCAGCUGGGUUGCCGGAUAAGUUCCACGGCGCCGACUUUGACUCCGUCUUUUGGAAGACAGACAUGCAGAAGCUGACAGUAGAGGAGCUGAAGAGGCUUCUGUACGACACCUUCUGUGACCACCUCUCUAUGAAAGACAUCGAGAACAUCAUCAUGACCGAGGAGAACCACAUAGAGAACCCUGGGCAGUGCCAGGUGGAUAUAGACAGUUCCAGCCCGACGCAGCAUGUGAAGCAAACCUGUGUGCGCAAGAGCCUGAUAUGCGCCUUCGCCAUCGCUUUCAUCAUCAGCGUCAUGCUCAUCGCAGCCAAUCAGGUGCUGCGGAGCGGCAUGAAAUAG